AUGAGCUCUUACUUUGUAAACUCGUUCUCGGGGCGCUAUCCAAAUGGCUCCGACUAUCAGCUGCUAAAUUAUGGGACUAACGGAGCUGUGAGCGGCUCCUUCAGAGACCCUGGCACCAUGCACUCCGGGUCUUUCGGCUACAACUACAAUGGCAUGGACCUAACCGUGAACCGAGCCAACAACGGAGGCCACUUCGGGGCCGUGAGGGAGGAGGAUGCCCGGGGGUUUGCUCCGGACGCCCGGUACCGACAGACGCCAAACUGCGCUCUGGCGUCUCCAGACCCGGUGCCGCCGCCGUCGUGCGCCACGGCCGGCCGGGAGCCUCUGGAGCUAAAAAGCCCGUCUCCUCCCUCCGACCGGAGCUCCACAUCCAGCAGCAACAAUCUCAACAAAAACAGCAACAACAGCAGCAGCAACAGUGCGCAUUUCACGGAGAUAGAGGACGCCGGCGUCGCCUCUGAGACCGAGGAUGGCGCACACGGCAGCGGCGGCUCCAGCGCGGCUCCUCCUCGGGCGCAGCAGCAGCACCAGGACCCCAACGCCACCUCCUCCACUCCCACAUCAAAUGAUUGCCAAUCGCCACAAAUAUUCCCCUGGAUGCGGAAGCUGCACAUAAGCCAUGAUAUGACUGGACCGGAUGGGAAAAGGGCCCGAACCGCGUACACCCGGUACCAGACGCUAGAGCUGGAGAAAGAGUUUCACUUCAAUAGGUACCUGACCAGGCGGCGGAGGAUAGAGAUAGCCCACGCCCUGUGUCUCUCCGAAAGACAGAUCAAAAUCUGGUUUCAGAACCGCAGGAUGAAGUGGAAGAAGGACAAUAAGCUGAAAAGCAUGAGUCUGGUGACAGGAGGCAGCGCCUUCCACAACUGAACAACUUUUUGUUUUUGUGUGUGUGUGUGUGUGGGGGGAGAGUAAGAACAUAAUAAUAAUAGUAAUUUCAAAAAUAAAAUAAAAAAAGAAUCCAUGAGUACUGUAAAGCUAUUUGAAAGCGCAGCACCUUCCAGCAUGCUAUUGUGAUAGAAAAAUAAGUAUUCUGUGGUCUUUAAAAAUGCCAUUUUUAGUUCCCUGUUGUUGUACUAUGAUAGCUUAGAUGUCCUAUUUGGAAAAAAAACAAGAUGUAAAUAUUAUUGGGGGUAUUAAUUGUCCAUGGUUUUUGCUCUCUCUCUCUCUCUCUCUCUCUCUCUCUCUCUCUCUCUCUCUCUCUCUCUUCCUCUAUUGGAGGUGUUUCAACUUGAGCUCUUUAUUGUGACUUCUUGACGGUCUAACAGGAGUAAAUUCAGUGUACAGAUAAAAAAAACAAAACAAAAAAAAGUUUCCAAACCAUAUGCUGCUCUUCAUUGAAUGUGAACCUGAUGUAUCCCGGGGCCAUUCAAAGCGCUUUAGUGUAAGUUUAACUGCUAUUUUUUUGAUGGUUAUCUUGUGGCCAGGUCCAUAAAGUCCAAAAGCAAAUGUGUAGCUCUAGGAUAUUAUGUGCAACUAUUAUAAUUAUUAUAAUAAUUAUUAUUGUUUAGAGUAAUUAUGAGCAAUGCAAAUGUAU